AAUUGGUAUAAAGUCGCCAAGAGUGCACGUUUAACCUACCACUCGACGUGUGUUCAACGUGUCGGGUUUGAACUCCUAGUUUCUCUGCUCAUAGGUAGAGUGUAUGUAUUUUGGCAGCUCGUCCCACCGCUUCUCGUCGAGACAUCUUGUCGGUGUUUGAGUGGACAGCAACGGCCGGACUAAGGCGGACGGGUAGAUUUCAACCAUGAUGAUGAUCAGUAGUAGUCGUGUGCCUCUGUGGUGCUCUGUGGCCGCGUGUCAUACGCAGGACGUGGCCAGCCAGAGACAGGGGUGGCUCCGCAUGUCGCUAAUCGACUGGCUUGGCGUUACAAUUUCCGUCUCAUUGGCCGCCGUCGAGACCGAUGAUCUAGUCAUCUAGAUCUGGCUCAAGUCAUGCAUCGCCAGCCGCGGAUUGAGCCGUUCGGCUGUCAAGCAUAAUCCUUCCCUUUUGACCC